AUGUCGGUCUUCCCAAGAAAGAAAUUCCGUGGCUCGGCUCAAGCCAACACAAUCGCCGCCAAAUAUCGAGGACUACUAGCUAAACACCCUUUCCUCCUCUUCGGCCUUCCCUUCAUUACGACCAUGGUAGCUGGAUCAUUCUUCCUCACGCCCGCCACAGCAAUAAGAUAUGAGAAACACGAUAGACGGGUGCGGAGAUUGAGCAAGGAGGAGGAACUGGGUAUUGGCAAGGGGGGCCGCAGAGUUGAUAUGAAGGAGGAGUAUUAUAGACUUGCAGCGAAGGAUCUGGAUGAUUGGGAACAGAAGCGCGUUAAGAGACUCAAGGGCGAACAUAAUGGAGUGCUAUAA